AGCUCUGAUUGGUCAAUGGUCGUUUCCGGUUUCAGCGCUCCUCAUUUGAAAAGUGUUCGGUUAACGUCCGUGUGGUUGGCGUGAUGAUGAAGGGGCUCGUUCGCCAUUGUUAAAAGACUGCUUCUGCCAUCUAACGAGAGACAUUUUGUUUGUUAGGAGUUCAGAGAUGGCUCAGCGCAUGGCGGUGUCCGAUGGAGCAAACAAAAAGACGUCCAGGGUUCGGGUGGCGGUUCGUCUGCGGCCCUAUAUUGACCAUGAAGACGAUAAAGAAGAGGGGCCCUGUGUGAAAGGCCUGGACUCGCAGAACUUGGAAAUAAUCAACUGGAGAAACGCAACAGAAACAGUCAAAUACCACUUUGAUGCUUUCCAUGGCGAGCAAACAACACAGCAAGAAGUGUUCCUGUCCUCAGUGAAGCCCAUUCUACCACACAUCCUGAAUGGACAAAAUGCCAGUGUCUUUGCCUAUGGACCAACAGGGGCUGGUAAGACCCACACCAUGAUGGGCAGUUCAGAUCAGCCAGGCGUGAUCCCCCGAGCCGUUCGCGAGGUCUGCAAGCUGGUCAAAGCUAAGGAUGACAAUGACGGAUGGAACUACAGCAUUGGCAUGUCUUAUUUGGAAAUUUACAAUGAAAAGGUGCUAGAUCUUCUAUCGCCAAGCUCCCAGGAUUUACCAAUCAGAGAGGACAAGGACAAGAACAUCCUUAUCCCUGGCCUGACUCACACAACUAUCUCCUGCUUUUCCGAUUUUGACAAACUAUUUGUCCCUGCCAGCCUCAACCGUACUACAGCCUCUACCAAACUAAAUCAGCGCUCCAGCCGCAGCCAUGCUAUCCUCCUCAUCAAGGUUGUUCGGACUCAGCGUGCCCUGCCCCAAAGACAACAGACAGGAAAGCUGUACUUGAUAGACCUUGCUGGGUCGGAGGACAACCGUCGCACCGGCAACCAGGGCAUCCGCCUGAAGGAGAGCGGUGCCAUCAACCUGUCUCUCUUCACUCUCAACAAAGUCGUGGACUCCCUAAACUCAGGCACUGCCGUCCGUGUGCCGUACAGAGACAGUAAACUGACGCGGCUGCUACAGGACUCUCUGGGUGGCUCAUCACACUCCGUCAUGAUCACCAAUAUUGCACCCGAGUACAAAUACUAUUUUGAUACGUUCAGUGCACUCAACUUUGCCUCCAAAUCCAAGCUCGUUGUGAACAAGCCCUUCACCUGUGAAACUGUGGCCGUGCCUGUGCAGUCAGUGAAACGGGCCAGAGAAGACCAUGAGGCACGGGCUGGCACUGAGCCAACCAAGAAGAGGCUGAAAGACGAGAGGAAAACCGAACAGGAUGGUUCCUCGCCUUCUUCACAUUUUCACAGUUUGUCAGAACCAUCAGUGAUGGACAGACUAAUAGCUCUGGAGAAGCUGAUGAUGAACUGCCAAGACAAAGAUAAACAUAGCAUGCUGAAAGAUGUAGCCCAGUCUCGCAAGGAGAUCCAGGAGCUCAAAGAGAAGCAGAGGGAGUUUGAGAGCAAGGCCAUGCUAUUCAAGUCCAGUGGCAAACACGAGCCUGCCUUCAAGAACAGCACAGCUCCUCUGCAAAGAAAACCGGCAACCGCCACAAAGGCCAAUAAGCAGCAGGCCGUGGUCCAGCCCCUGCAAGUGUCCCAGCUCCAGCCUCUUCACCAGCUUGCCGUCGUCAAAAAACAGUCCGUCUGUGUCAAGAAGAAAGUGAAGAUUUCAGACCAGGUUGAGCCUCCAGAUGGUAAAGAGAACAUUAUGGAGACUGGUUGGGAAUCCCAACUCGACACAUCUGUGCUGGAGCACUCCAGACAGAAAAUUCUGCACAUCCUCAAUACGGGUUCCCUCAAAGAGCUGAAAGGUCUGCAGCAGAUCGGCGAUAAAAAGGCAAAGCUCAUCCUGGGUUGGAGGGAGAUCCAAGGUCAAUUCAUGAAGUUGGAGGAUGUGAUAAAAGUCGAGGGUAUGACGGCAAAGAGAUUUUCCACCUUCAUGAAAGCAAACAUCCUGAGCGCCAUGGGAAAGUGAUUUUUUGUAAUUUAUUUUUUUAUUAUUUUUAAUCAUAGCUUUUUGUUAAAUGUAUAUCAUUUCUAUCUGAAGCUUUUGGCAUUGGUGUUUUUGUUUUGUGCUAUUUUUGUAGUUACUACUGUGUUCCAUCAGGUGGCGCACUGCUGCUUUUUAAUAAAUAUCUCAC